CCAGCAGUGAGUUAGGGUGGAGCUGCUUUCAAGCCUCAGCUCUCCUGGGAGAUGAGCCCUGAUGAAUUCAGGUUAUGGAAAUGAAGUGGGCAGGGAAAGUAAGGCACGGUUGUGUGCCAUCAAGACAGUGGACUCGGGCUGGGGAUUUAGCUCAGCGGCAUAAGCGCCUGCCUUGCAAGCAGGCAGUCAUGAGUUUGAUCCCUGGUACCGAUAAAAAUGAAAAAGACAAAAAAAAAAAAAAAAAUAGUGGACUCCAGCCCAGUAGAUUCUCUAGUCCCAUCACCUCCAUGACAUUGUAGCCACUUGUGCUCAGAUAGCUGUCUGCCAUCUUGGAGCCAACCCCAUCAGCUUGACAGGCCUCACAAGUUCCUGCAAGGAAGAAUGUAUGCUAGACUACCUCUCCAAAUCCUGCAGGGCAGGUCCUCUGAGCCGGCCCCUGAUGUCCUGAGUCACUGUCCCCCUGUCUCCAUGCCAUGGACUCAGCUGCAAAUCUGUGAAAUGCAGACAGACCCUCCACUUGCCACAAAGAAACUCCUGGAGAGGUUAUGGGAUUCAGGGCAGAAGACAUCUGUUAAGCAAGUGGGCAUCCAGACAGCCACAUGAAACUUUUCGUAUGCCUUAGGUGGGAAUUCCUGGAGCCAAGUUACUGCCCAGACCUCUCAGGCUGCAUCCAUACCAAAUCCUGUGUAUUAGCCACUACCCUCUCCUGUGCCACAUUCCUUGCCACCUCUGUGCUUGUGCCCCUGUUGACCUUUGGCUCUACUUUCCUUGAUUCUACUUCCAACACCAGAACCAGUCGGGGCCUCCAGUCUGGGUUCCCUCCUUCCAACCCUGGUCCCUGAGUUGCCUUUUUCCUCAGCCCGAGGUUAUUGCCAGCUGGCCUCUCUUAAACAUGAAUAAGCUGUGACUAAAUUAUCCUGGGCUUCUAAGGUCAAAAGGUAAAACCAAACAUCAUAUUUGGUUCCAAAUUACUGGAACCACAAAGAAAGUAUAUGAAACACAAAUCAAGUAUGUGGAUGGGGAAAGGAGUCAAUAGUGGCAUUCUGGAGCUAGAUGUAGUUCAAAGAGAUAUCACUAAUUCAGGGAAAGCCAAAUACUGAGCUGGCAGUAGGGAAAAUGGAGGCCCAACUAGGCUAGUCCCUAUUUCGAAGCAGCAGACUUGGGAACUAGCAGCCUGGGGUGAGGAUACGGGGCAGCUUUCUGAGAGUCAUUGCACCCUUUUCACCUAUCAUGAGUUAUUUGCAGAGAACAGAGAGAAAUGGCCCCAGAGAAAAGCAUGCUUCCAAAAAAGCCCAACCUGAGGAAGCCGCUAGAAAUCUCAGUUGAUGAGCUUUACCCACAUGACUGCUCAGGUUUCCAGUCAGUGUUAGGACCAUUGGUCUUCAUCCAGAGCUGGUAGCCCGAGAUUUCCCCAGGUUAUCAGAAGACACCAAAACACAAAAUGUAGUUUGGAUUGAGUAAGUCAUGAGUUCAGUCACUUGAGGAAGCAAAACUGACUCAAUGACAUGGUUAGAGCUUUUAAAACAGCCUUGGGUGGUGGUGCACAUCUGUAAUCCCAGCACUUGGGAGAGGAUUGCUCUGAGUUUAAGGCCAGCCUGGGCUACCUAGUGAGGUCCUGCCUCAAAACUAAAUAAACGACUGGUAAUAAGUCUAUUAGGAGAAAAUAAACAGGUGACCUCCGGUUCUGGUCCCCAAAGGAAAGAUUGAGUGCACCCCAGGAACUUGAACACAAACUUUUAUCCUUCAUUUGCAAAGCUGUCAUCUUAAGACAAGUGAGAGGCAGUGAUAACAUGGAUAGCUACUCAGUAAGUGGUUGCACACCAGGCUGCCUGUGGCCUCUCAAGGCUGCAGAGUGCUUAACGAAAGUCGAAUGGUUUCCCUCCUCGCGCGACAAAUCCUGCCGGCCCUCUCCACAGGACCGCCUGCAGAGGAGUCUCAAGUGAACUAUUUGAUCCAGAUGCCACAGUGCUGCUUCUUCCGGCCUCCUCAGGGGCGGGGAGAUACUCCCGUGGUUGGUAUAGAAACAGCUGGAGGUUUCUGGAAGGGCUGCAGUUUGUUACUAGGUGACAGCGGGACGCGAACAUUCCUUGGGGUGCGGAGAUAGAUACUGGGACUGAAUACCCGCAAUGAUUGGCCAAAGAGAUAGCGACGCUAGCCAAUAGACACUUGGUCCGCUAUGCACAUGCGCAGGAAUUCAACGAGCCUUUGCUCAGUCGGGGGCGAGUUACGGGAUUCGGAUGCAAAGAAAGGGUUCCUCUUGGCACCUCCAAGAAGACAGUUCAGAAAAAGAAUGCCAUCCUCUCUGGGUCCCUCAUGCCUGCCCCUUGGGGACCCUGAGACCAACCUCGAGGGACCUGAAGGUGCACGGCUGCGUUUCCGGGGAUUCUGCUACAAGGAGGUGGCAGGGCCACGGGAAGCACUGGCCCAGCUCCGAGAGCUGUGCCGGCAGUGGCUACGGCCUGAGUCCUGCUCUAAGGAGGAGAUCCUGGAGAUGUUGGUGCUGGAGCAGUUCCUGGGCACGCUGCCCCCUGAGAUCCAGGCCUGGGUUCGAAGACAACAGCCAGGCUGCCCUGAGGAAGCUGCUGCCCUGGUGGAGGGGCUGCAGCAGGACCCUGGGCAGCUGCUGGGCUGGAUCAUAGCGCACAUCCUGAAGCCAGAAGUUCUACCUGCAGCCCAGAAGGCAGAGGAGUCCUCAGGGAGUCUUCUGCCCUCACUGACAGUGGAUCCCUGUGGAGCUGCCCCAGGGGAGGGCCCACAAGAUGGCAGGAUGGAAGGGUCUGCCCAGCUCAGUUGCAGUGUGAAGGAGGAGCCCAGUGUGGAUGGGCAGGAGAUGGCACCUGUCAGCCCCCUCCUUCUGACCUCAUCACCUCAGGGUCAUCUGGAACACCAAGAAUCAGCCUCCACAUCUUUGCAGCCACCCAGGACUCAGGAGCAGUGGGCCUUGCUGGACCCGUCACAGAAGGAGCUCUACUGGGAUGCAAUGCUUCGGAAGUAUGGCUCUGUGGUGUCCCUGGGGCUACCUGACCAGGAACGGAAACCUGACCAGGAGCCGAGCCCACACCCUGCCCACCAGGACCCGGUGGUGCCACGCAAGCCCUACAUGUGUGCUCAGUGUGGCUGCAGCUUUGACUGGAAGUCAGUCUUUGUGAUGCACAGGCGCUUGCACACACGUGCCCAAGAGCCUGUGCCACUGCCCUGUGUGUCCCAAAGCACCCCACGCCACACACUGGGCCAUGCCUGCCAGGAUUGUGGCCGCAGCUUCAGCUGGAAGUCACAGCUGGUCAUCCAUCGCAAGGCCCACACGGGCCAGCGGCGUCAUGCCUGCAGAGACUGUGGCCGUGCCUUUGACUGGAAGUCGCAGCUGGUCAUCCACAGCAAGGGCCACCGGCCUGAGGCUCCAUGAAUAGGAGCCACCCAGGAAUGGAGGUCAGGUCUGCUGCUGACAGGGACUGUAUGACCGCAGUGGCCACCCAGGCCAUGCUCCCCAUACCAGGUCCAGUGCACACGGGGUGCAGUACAUGCGGAUUGCACUGUCUACUCCAGGACCUCUUGCUGGUGAUGGGGGCUCAGCAACUGUCCUGUGCCCCUCCCUGAAGCAGCUUGGUCCCAAGUCUGAUGUGGAAAGUGGCAAGAGACCAGGAAAGCACAGAUAGCUUCUAUUCUGAAUUUGUCCUUGUCACCUGGCCUUUCCUGGUUCCUGGUGACCAGAGGAGAAUUUUCCUGUACCACCUCACAAAUGGAAAGAGACCAUGCUCAAGUCAGGAAGUGAUUUCAAAGUGAAAGGUAGCACAAGGUUAGCAGACAGGCCAGGAUACCACCAGCCUGUGAGCAACCUUUGUUGCUUUGUUUUGGUUUAUUUUACCAAACUUACUGUGUUAGGGUGUUCCACACUCUACUCCUGCCUAUUUAUGAUUUACCCUUGCCCUACUUUUAAUUUUGAAUUCAUGUGUUUUCCUUUCAUUCAUCAAUAAUUACUAAGGCGUGGUGUAUGAAGCCUUAAACUUAUAACGAGGAUAGGUCAACUUAAAGACACCUGGGUCAACUACUGUGGCUGCUCUGCUGGGUGGAGACUCCUUAGCUUUCCUAACUGAUUAGUCUGUGGUCCCCUCUCCAUUUAGUCGGGUUGAGGCCCGAUCACACUUUGGCCCACUUCCCAUUAUCAAAAUAGCUGGCAGAGUUCCAGCACCUGCAGAAAGAACUGCCUAUACCAAGCCAACAGUUCUAGAGCCUCCCCUCUCUUGUCUAACUAUCUUCCUGUAUUCCUCCAUUAAACACUGACUUCCAAGUGUAUAAUUUGUGUUUGGAAUGGGCUCAGGGGUAUGAACUCAGAGCCUCGUGCAUGCUAGGCAAUCACUGAACUAUAACCUAGCUCCUUAAAAAAAUUUUUUUUGAGGCAGGAUUUGUCUCACUAGGUUGCCUAAGCUAGCCUUGAUCUUAGGAUCUGCCUUCCUCCGUCUGCCUAGUAGUUAGCAUUACAGGUUAGAUUUCUAACAUAAAUUAUACUUUGAAAAUGGGAAAGUGUCUGAAUAAGAACUCUGAUUUCUGACUUCUGCUGGCCAGAAAAUCAGUAGUGUAUUUUCCUUGCCUGGCAGCUUAAGAGACAUGGGGCAGCUGUCCAACCCCAAGGGGCCAGUCCAGAGGACAGCAGGUGACAGCAGAUGUGCUAUCUGUCUCUGGCCCCCCAGCCCACCUUGUUGCUUGGUCAUCCAUAUUGCUCACCAGCCUUUGAGCUCUUGAGGUUUGGCUCAUGUGGGCAAGUAGGGGGACUUCCUUUCUAAGCAUGGGUGGACACACACAGCAAGGCACAACCACAGUGGCCUGUGGUGAUGCAGCAAAAGAACAAAGGUUCAGUUCCCUGCUGACCGCAAGGUCUGUUGGUUCUCUGAAGAGUCAUUCAGGUCUUACAUAGUGUUCACUUGUUAGUAGCUGCUCUAACACACUAGGUAGAAUGAAACAGAUUUAAUCUCUUAUAGCUCAAAAUAAAAAUAUAAAGGGGUGAGGAUACAGUGGAGUGAUAGGGCACUUGCCUGCUUAUGUAAGGCCCUGGGCUCAAUCUCUAAGAUCCUCCCUCCCCAGUCGGCAACAUAAACCACAAGAUAGAAAAUAUUUUAAAGUCCCAAAUAAAUAACGACUAAAAUGUAAAAGUGGAGAAAGUCUGUGAAGCAGAAAUUCACUUCAAAAAAAAAACCCUUAUUAUGCUGAUAAAUAAAACCUUCAUGCUCUGAAGCAAUCAC